CUCUUAUUUGACAGUCUCCGCCAAGUGUCAAACUGCACAGGAAACUCUUCUCAGUGCUUUGUUGCGACAUCAAGGCAGCUGCUGUAUGCUACAGUCGAGAUCUUUUGGAGCGCUUGAGCAGAAUCCCUUCAGGCCUUCCCAAUCUGAAGUGCUGAGAAGGAUCACAGCAUGUCGGGUAGGAGAACGAACCCUGGCAGGAAGCUAGGCUCCACUCGUAAACUCCGACAGAAUGUUCAUAAUCCUGAGCUUGCAGAGGAGGAGCAAGAACCCCAUGCCAAACCUGAGAAGGACAUUCCGGCUGAGGCGAACAGUCAAGGAUCAGCAAAUGUCAAGGAGAAUGCAGCAGCCCUGAAUACCAUCCAGGAGAUAUUCCAUGAUUGUGACACGGAAGCGAAGGGCUUCAUUACACGUGCCGACAUGCAGAAGCUGGCAGCAGACCUCCCACUAACUUCGGAGGAGCUGGAACAGGUUUUCCAGAGCUUGGACCGUGAGGGAAAUGGAUUCAUCACAAAUGAGGACUUUUCAGAGGGACUCAGGAAGUUUAUGGAGACCCCAUUAGUGAUGUCUGAGGGGAGGCCAAAGGAUGAAGAAGCCAGCACACAUGUGGACCCAAAGGCUACUGUGGACAUCAAUGUAAGGGGUUUUUCAACUUCUCAAAAGAGGAGGAAAGUGGGAUCUAGCCGGCGACAGCCCCGAGCAAUCAAUCCAGAAGGCUGGCUGGGGACACUAACUGAGGAAACUACCGAUGGCCCGGGCAUCAUCACUCAUGGGGACCUGCAGAGGCUGGCAGGAAGCCUCCAGCUUGACUUCAAGGAUCUCCAGGUGGUCUUUGAUCAUCUUGAUCAUGAAAGACAUGGCUUUGUGACUACUGAGGACUUUCUCAAAGGACUAAAACAGUUCUUGGGCAAACAACCACAACUCAAAGACAUGCAAAAGAAAAAGGAGCCUUCCCUUUACCAGUCGCCUUCACCGGAUUUCCUGGAGGAGGUGGACAGUGAAGAGAAAAAGCAUUUCUUGACUCUGAUGGAAAGUUUGGGAGCUGACAAUCUCUUGCAAGACCAAACGGAGAUUUGGAAGCUGUGGAUGGAGCUGCGGUACAGGGAGCCUCAUCUCCUGGGGAACCUGGAGGAGUUUGUGGCUAAGGUGACACUCCAGAUCCGUCAGGCUCAAGAGGAGAAGGAGAGCCUGGAGCUGACACUGAAGAAGAGGAUUGUAGACCACAACCAGGAGGUGCAGCACCUCUAUGAAGAGAUGGAGCACCAGAUCAUUCAAGAAAGAGAGAGGCUUCGCAGUGAGAGAUUUAAAACAUCGGAGGCUCAAGCCAAGCAUCUGAGGAAAGCACUGGAUCAGAAAAACUGUGAAGUCCAUCAUCUCGCCCAAGUUCAAAAUGAGGUGAUCACCACUUCUAGCUUAACCAAAGCAAAUGAAUGA